UUUUUUUUUUUUCAAAUAUAAAAAAAAGAAAAUUUACAUGUAUCUGUUCCCUUUCUCUCUUUUAUAUAUUUGAUCCUAUUGAUGCAAGACGAUACGAUCGUUUUACAUUAUCAUGAUGUUGUUAUACGUCAAUCUGAUUUAGAGACACUGACACCAGGACAAUGGCUGAAUGAUACGAUGAUUGAAUUUUAUAUGGAGUUUUUAGAGCGAACGUUUGUACCAAAAGAUGCCAAUUAUCUAUUCCUUCGACCUGGGAUGGUCCAUUUAGUGACCUAUGCUGAAGGAGAUGUACAACAGCUGUUACCGGCUUUACCACCCAAGUUGCAUGACUAUGAAGCGAUUUUCAUGCCCAUCAAUGACGGGAGACCUGAUGAAGCCUACAGUGGGACUCAUUGGUCCAUCAUGGUGUAUAUUAAAGCAGCCAAUGCAUUUUAUUACUACGACACACUCAAGUUUAACAAUUUACGACACGGCGAUUUAGCUUGCAAACGUUUCAAGUCUUUAUUGAGACUACGAAAGCCAGCACAGUUUAUACCCAGUAGUACACCACAGCAAGAGAAUAAUUCAGAUUGUGGAGUAUGCAUUAUUGCCAUUCUAGAACACACACUACAUCAACUACUUAAAAGCAGGGGAAAGAAACAAGAAGAUAUUCAAUACAACAAAAUCAUGAUGCUCAAAGAAAAGAAUCUGUCAACACCAAAACAAGUACGCGAUAACAUUAACGGCAUGAUCAAGCGACUACAGCAACGGUUAACGCCAAAGGUUGCACUGUCCUCCUCUUCUUCGCUGUCCUCUAUGUCCACCUUACCUUCGUCCUCUUCCAAUGUCACUUCCUCUUCUUCCGCAUCCUCAUAAAAUUUGUCAUUAAAAAAAAACUCUUGUCAUAUAAAACACUGCUUUUUGGUCUUUUUCUCAUUUUUUAACCCAAUAAGAAUGAGUUGUUUACGUAAAUUUUUUUUUCUUUUUUGGCGGGCAUCUAACAAAAACUUUUUUUUAGACGCACGAGAUUUUCCUCUCC